GAGUCUCCCAGUACGCGUCGCGCCGCGCCAGCAGACAGGCAGGACCCGACCCUGGGAAUUAAAACAAAAAAAAAAAAAAAAAAAAAAAAAAGUAACGCACAGCCCUGUGCUUGAAGAUUAUUUUAUUACAGCGAGGUGAGUUCUUUUACACUUCUUUCACACUACGAACCAACCCGGAAAGAAAUCAAAUCGAGGCCAGCAGACUCGAUGUUUGGAAAAAGUUUUCGAAGUGCGUGUCUGUGUGUGAGUUUGGAGAGCUGAGCGCUGACGCCGGCAGUCUGGGCCACUUGGCCAACGCAAAGGAAAAAGGAAAACUGCUUCAUAGCUGUGGAGUGGGGGUGAAUCGAAACUUGUGGACAGAUUUUCCCCGUUUAUUCUCAAACAACAAGGAAGAGCACAAAACACUGGGGACGGCCGUGCUGGUUCUUCAACACCAGACGGGUGAAUGUGUCGGGCUGCGCGCUUGGAGUCUGCUCUUUGUGGUCCCGAUUUCUCAGCUUUCACGAAAGAAUGUGUUUUUGUCUCCGAGGACUUCAGAUGGAGUAGGGAAGUUCAGUCAAUUUCUCCAUGAAUGUACGUCACAAUGAUGAUGACAGACCAGAUUCCACUGGACUUGGCUCCGCCCCCCCUCCUGAACGGGGAAGUCCCUCUCAUGCCUCACAUGGUUAACGGUGAUGCAGCGCAGCAGGUGAUUCUGGUGCAGGUGAACCCCGGGGAGACAUUUACUAUCCGGGCAGAGGAUGGUUCGCUGCAAUGCAUCCAGGGUCCUGCUGAGGUUCCCAUGAUGUCCCCAAAUGGGUCAAUCCCCCCUAUUCAUGUACCUCCAGGAUACAUCUCACAGGUGCUGGAGGAUACAACAGGGGUCCGCCGAGUGGUGGUGACUCCUCAGUCUCCAGAGUGCUACCCUCCCUCCUACUCUCCAGCUCUGUCCCCCACACACCACCUGCCCCCGUACCUGGCUCACCCUCACUUCAUCCCCAACUCUCACUCUUUCUAUCCCCCUGUAAGCCCAGGGGAGAUGCCACCCCACCAGUACUACCAGCACCACCUUCCCCCCAUGUAUGGCGAUCCAGAAAUAAUUCCAGUUUAUGGGAUGUCAAACUACAUAGGCAGAGAGGAGACAUACAGUAAGCCACAGCCUAAAAAGAUAAAGGAACAGAGACAACUAGAGCGACAGAACCGACUUAAUUCCCCUCCCUCCACUCUCUACAAGGGCAGUCUGGGGCCAGCACACAACGGAUACAGCAACAAAUCACACGCCCCAUCGCUGGGGUCAGUGGGGUCAGGCGGAAUCAGCAGUCCAGGGGGCAAGAAGCCAGAAAGACGACUCCGCAGCAGUCCUAGAAACAGCGAGCCAGAGACACACACACAAGAUCAUGAUUCAGAGGGGAAACGUGUUCAAGAAAUGUUGUCUACAAUCGACAAACCGCAGGCGUCCAAUGUUCAGGCGCGCUCUGCUCGGCUGUCCUGGGUCCCCCCAGCUGGGCUGGUAAACAGGCAUAAUAACGGGAUGCCAGUGUCCUGCUCUUAUGAAGUCUCUCUUUCAGAUAAGGGAAAGGAUGGAAAGUAUCACCUUAUAUACAGUGGUGAAGAAUUGGAAUACCAUCUUAAAGACCUACGGCCAGCGACGGACUACCACGUACGGGUGUCAGCAACAUACAACUCGGUUCGAGGUUCAUGUUCAGAGGCGGGCUCGUUUACCACACACUGCAGCGUCCCUGAUAUUCCGUUAGCCCCAAAACUCACCCACCGCUCCAAGAGCACCCUCAGUCUACAGUGGAAGCCCCCAGGUGACAACGGAUCCAAAAUCACAAACUACCUGCUCGAGUGGGAUGAGGGAAAGAAGAACAGUGUUUUCAGAGAAUGUUACUUUGGGAGCCAGAGACACUGUAAGCUGACACGACUUUUCCCCGCCUGUGGCUACACAUUCAGAGUGGCCGCACAUAAUGACAUUGGCACAAGUGGCUUCAGUGCAGAGGUAGUGUUUUAUACCAUGGGCACACUGCCUGCCCUGCCUCUGGCACCACGGCUGGUCAGGGCAGGUGUAUCCUGGGUGACCCUGGAGUGGGGGCGUCCUGAGGGCAGUCCCAGUGAGGAGCAGCUGAAAUACACACUCGAGAUCCAGGAAGACAACAGCGGAACGGACUUUCAUCCAAAGUACACUGGAGAAAACUUGACCUGUACUGUACAAUGCCUGAAGAGAAGCACGCAGUAUAAAUUCAGGCUCAUAGCAUCAAACACAGAGGGAAAGAGCAAUCCCAGUGAAGUGUUGGUGUGUACCACCAAUCCCGACAAACCAGGCCCUCCAUCUACACCCUGCAUCACCGGAGCGACACCCUAUGGCUUUACUGUCACAUGGGAUCCUCCCCAAGACAACGGAGGCUCAGAGGCUCUCACGUACCUGCUAGAGAUCUCAGAGGGAUGCUCUGAAGGGAGCCAGUGGGAUGUAGCGUACAGUGGUCCAGCAACAGAAUGUGUGUGUGAGCGGUUGACACCUGGGACCUUAUAUCGCCUACGCGUGUGUAGCAUCACUACAGGAGGACACAGCCCGUGCACCGCCAGUGUUCCGGUCCGUACAUUAAGUGUCCCACCAGGGGCCUGCCAGCCGCCAAGGAUUGUUGGGAAAGCCAAACAUAAGGAAGUGCAGUUAGAAUGGGACUCCGUUGUUUCUGAGGGAGUGUGUGAAGAGUGUGUGUACAGUCUGGAGAUGAGUGAGGGAGACACCAAACCAACAGAAGUGUAUCAUGGCCCGGAGCUUCAGUGCACCGUUGCGAGUUUGCUACCUGGUGCAACAUACAGUUUCCGAAUGAGGGCUGCCAACGAAGCUGGGUUCGGGCCAUACUCUGAGCCAACAGAGGUAACGACGGCAGCCGGACCUCCUGGUCAAUGCGGGGCGCCGCUCGUAACACUCACGAGUAACACCUGUGUAACGCUGAACUGGGAGAGCCCCGAGGGUUCGGGUACAGACAUCUCUGAGUAUAGAUUGGAGUGGGCGAGGGAGGAUGGAUCCAUGGAGCUCAUCUACUGUGGGUCUGCCACGCAGUGUGAACUGUCAGAACUGACGCCUGCCACAGAUUACUGCUGCAGGCUACAGGCAGUGAAUCAGGCAGGUGCUGGUCCAUACAGUGAGAAGGUGAAUUUCUGGACCCCAGCCACAAUUCCUGACCAGGUCUCAUCCCUCACCCUCCUGGAUCUCCCGACCUCCUCAGAGUCUGGUCACUCCUCGUCUACCUGCCUCCUCCUGAAGUGGGAAGAGCCAAACAGUAACGGUGCAGAGAUCAGCUCCUACAUUAUUACUCUGGAUGACCAAACCAUCAGUGUGGAAUCUGGGACAAGUUAUCUUGUCACAGGCCUGCAGCCAGACAGCGAAUACAGUGUGCAGAUCCAAGCAGUGAAUGCCAUUGGUUCUGGUCCAUUGAGUCUGCCACUGCUAGCAAGGACACGCCCCCUCCCUCCAGCUCCGCCUCCACUUGAAUGCUCAGCUGCUGGCCCUCAAAGCCUGAAGCUCAAGUGGGGUGAAAAUGCUGGACACACACGAGCACUGCUUGCUGAUGAAAUGGUCUACACACUACAAAUGGAGGACAAGAACCAUAGGUUUGUCACUAUCUAUUGCGGUCCCAGCCACACCUACAAAGUCCAGCGAUUGAUUGAGUCCAGUAGCUACAGCUUCAGAAUACAGGCCAUCAGUGAUGCUGGCGAGGGUCCCUUCUCUGAUUCAUACACUUUCUUCACCACCAAAUCUGUGCCACCUGCUCUCAAAGCCCCCAGGGUGCAUCAGCUGGAGGGGAACAUGUGUGAGAUCACAUGGGAGACUAUCCCACCAAUGAGAGGAGAUCCUGUGAGCUACGUGCUCCAGGUGGUGGUGGGACGUGAGUCUGAAUACAAACAGGUUUUUAAGGGAGAAGAGGGUGCAUUCCAGUACUCUUGUCUCCAGGGAAACACAGACUAUCGUUUCCGCGUGGGUGCCUGCCGCCGUUGCCAGGACACGUGCCAGGAAAUGUGCGGACCACUGAGCCCCUCAACUUUGUUCACGCUGCGUCGCCAAGAAGCAGCAUCCUCGGGAGAGCAGUGCGCCAUGGAAAUCGGCAAAGGGGCAGGCCUCAUCUCGAGCGACGAGCGCUUUGCGGCGCUGAUCGUGUGUGUGUUCGCGGUCCUCUCCAUCCUCAUGGCCUGCUUGCUACAGUACUUCUUUAUGAAGUGAGGGAAUUUUUACCUAUAGGAUAGAAAGAGAAAGCAAAAUCACAGAAAAAAAAAACUUUUUCAAAUGUCUAUGAAUGAACCGAAUGAAAUCAAAACACUUGAGAUGUACUUUUAAGGCUAUGUAUGUUUUUUCUCUUUCUUUUUUUUCCUUAGUCAAAGUAUUGAUUCAGACUAUUCCUGUUUUAUUCUGCCUUCACUCAGUUUGGUCUCAUUUUCUUCUACUUCACCGUUGUCUUUGUAUGAUUGUCAUUUGUUAAGGAUUUCUGUCAAGGGAAGCCUUGUCUUGGCUGUACCUUGGUUGGGAAAGAAAACUGAUAAUCAAGCCUUAAAGUAACUGUGAGCAAAACACUUGCUCCUCAUACUGACUUGCAUGUUUUUAUUUUAUAUAAUUUUAAAACAUACUCUUUAGAGAAAGUGUAUAAUUCUUGACAGUCAUUGCCUUACUUUUUUUUGUUUUGUUUUCCUGUGUUUAAUUUGCCUAUGUUUUAAAACUACAGUCUGUAUUCAUUCAGCCAUAUUCAAAUGUAGGCCUUCAAAGCUUUAGCUGUUCAUACUUGCUCAGAUUUGUUACUACUCUACAGGCUGUCGUCAGUUCAUGCAGUCCGCACCUGCUCUCACAUACAGUCUGACAAAGACCCAAUGCACAGAUGCACAUGCAGACCUCCGUAUGUAAUCAUGCACACAUAUAAAUUUACUCUUGCAAUGACAAUGAGAAAGACACAUUUCCUCCGAAGAAUUCAAUCACAUAUCUGCUCAGCUUUUACCAUUCAGUCACUCACUUUUUCAGUUACCAAAGUGAUGCAAUCCGUGUGUGGUGUUAGAUGCUGCUAUCCUGUGAUUUUAUUAUAUCUAAGAAAGAACCGGUUAUCUAAUAUAUACAUAUAUACAAUAUAUGUAUUUUAUAGCAAAUAUCUGUUAUGCUAUAAAUGAUGUAAUAUAAGUAAUGGCAAUGUAAGGAUUUGAAGUAUAGAUAAAAAUAGGAGGAGUGAACUAAGUGCUCGUAAACAGCAGCUCUGAGGUCAGUUCAGCAGCUCACACAGAAGGAGCCAUUAAACACUGCUCUUUUAUCAGAAUCUGAACCUUCAUCUGUAAUUAUACGCUGGGUUUAAAUUGGCUUUAGGAAUCCAGACUGGGAUCAUGAUUGGCUACAAAUUACUGAGAAAGGACUUGGCCAGACAUGUGUUAGGUCUUUGGUCAGGCUCUUCAUAUUCUACCAUCUUAGACACAGUUGCUCCAGCCUAUUUACCUCUGGCUUUAGUAAUGAUAUGUCCACAGUGUCAUGGACCUAGAGAUGCUAACACUCUGCCAGCUAGCCGCCCUUCUCAGAGCUGUUUGUGUAAGCCAUUAGGAGUUAGCUUAAGCUUUACCCUGCCUGCGAUUUAUCCAGUUGCCAGAGCAGCGCUGAAGCUGUUUCUUUUUCCAGCUCAUCUGUGAAUCGAUGCAUUUGAAAACUCUUCCCCUCGUUUCUCAUCUCCUGCCCAUAAAUAUCUGUAAUUACCAUUUUGCUCUGGCUGUUUCUUUUGUAUCUGAUCCAUUCCAUCUCUCUGCCCGUGCACCAAUCUUCCUUUCCCCUCUACUUCUCUCUUUAAAAAAGGUGCUGUAUUGACAUGUAAUCAGAGCAGUAGCAAGUCUGUGAUCUCUACUCAGAUGGACAUGUUCUCUGAGGACUUGAACUAAUGUUCACUAACCAAACAAGCCUUUGACAGAACACAACUCAACAGAACAGGGCAUUGUGACAGACAAAAUACCCCCCUCUGACCUCCUGUCCGAGCUCCACAUCCGCUUCCCCCCCCCAAGCCUGAACAUCAAAGCCAAGGUACAAUCCAUUUCAUACCCUGAUAACCCAAAGAAGUCACCCUGACCUGAGCAAUUAAUGUGUGACAUGUCCACUUCUGUCGGGUGGGGUGUGGAAGCGGAGGGAUUGAUGGGAGACAGAGGUAAUGAUUAUCUCAUGUUGGCAGCCUGUAACGUACCUCAGGGAUAAGGCCUUACAGAGGGGAUAUCUAAUCCUGUCAUCCCCAUUGCUGUCAUCAUCAUCAUUGUCAUCAUAUAAGUGUCUCUUCUUCUUGUUCCUCCCUCUUUUUCUCCUUUAUUUUUUUCUUUCUUUUUGAUGCUGUAUCUUGUCUCCUGUCUUUGCUGUGCCUUGCUCCUGUGUGUGUCAGUAAGCAAAGUGGUUUACUAGCUCAAAAAAAACAAAAAACAAACCUUUGCCAAAGUUGAUGGGAAAGUUAAGGUAGAGUUCUUUUCUAGGUUUUAUUUAUACUAUAUAUUUGCAUACAGUACUUUACAUGCCAAUUACAGUGCAAUCUUCAUUUAUUUAUUGUUUAAAGAUUAAGAGACAAGUGUAGUUAUAUACUAAUUUUUUCUUGUAGCAUGUUUUUUUUUUUUCUUUUAAGAUUUUUUUAAUGGAUGUAUGUUAGAUUGUAUGAUUAAGGCCAGCAUUCCUUAUCUCAGUAACCCUUUAAGUAUUUCUCUUACAGCUGUUGGGAACCUGUAGCUUAUCAGUCCAUGCAUUGCAAUCAUCAUUGCUGUUUCAAACAUGUAACCAAAUGUAUUUAGUUGUGUUCAUCUCCUGUUUCGGCCGUGCACAGGCGAGCAGUUCUUGUAACGCUUAGAAAGACAUGUAGCAAGCCAGGCCUUAGGGUCAGUUCAAGUCCUCUGUAUUGGGAUAAAUGUUUCUGCCUUUGGCUUUUUUUUUUUUCCUAAAUAGUGUUAUAAUGAAGCUUCUGAUACCGUUUUAUUUUUUACUGUUUUAAUGCCAAAGUGCAGGCUUUUUGUGUCCACUAGAUGUUUGCAGUUGUCUAAAAGGUUCUGUGAUGUUCUUCUGUAACGACACAGCAUUACGAUUAUUAUUAUUACUCUUUCAAAAGGAAAAAACAAAAAAACAUUAACUUGAUCUGUGAUUAUGCUUCCUUUCAUAUUAUCUUUUAUUAUUUUAUUUUGUAAAGCAAAAUGUGCCAUUUUUAAAUGCGUAGCCCCUUUUGGAGGAGAGUUUUAAACACAAACUGAUUUCACACUGAAAGAUAAAGAAGGCAAAAAAAAGUUAAAAAAAAAAAAAUACAAUCAUACAAUGACUUCCGGCGGAUGUCGACCAUAAUAUUCCUUCUUCAGGCUAGUGCUGGUAUAGCAAUAGUGAUUGUUUUGUAUCCCGUAUUUUGCUAUGAGAUGAUAUACAGAGAUAUCUAUAGAGCUAUAGAAAGAGAUGGUAAAUGCAUUAUGACUAACAGAUUUGAAGCACUUUUUUGUUUUUAUGCCGAGCAUUAGACGUGAUGAGGUAAUGAGUGCGAGGAGAAGGAUCCUUUGCUCCACCAAACACUACUGCCAAUGAUUACUGUUACAUUAUUGGCAUUAUUCUGUCAUUGGCAUCACUGUGACGCUGGCAUUACUAGAGUGUGUUUCUGUGCUACCCAGAUGGCACCCUGCGCCCUGCAGAAUGCAAAAACAGCACCAAGGAAACUACAGUUUAUAGGGGUACGGUGCCUUUGCCAGAUGUGCUUAUUGUGUGUCUACUUAGCCUGUUGCAUUGUAAUUGGCUGGUGGCAUGUAACGUGUCCUGUCCUUUAAUCCACAGAUGUUAUGUUGCCCAAACUCAACCCCUAUUAUCACCCUCUCUUCAAGCCUUAAUGCCCAAAUGGGAAAGCAGAGGUUUUUUUUGUCAUUGUCAGGCCAGUUAUAUUCGUGUUAAAUAAUCUGAAGUUAACCGAGUGUUAACUGAGAGGCUUUGUGUUUGUGGGCUGGGUACUCUCCCUAUCUUUUUUUUUUUUUUUUUUUUUUUUGUGUGUGUGUGUGUGUGAUUUUUAAACAAUCCCACUCAUAAAACCACCAGCCCUGCAGGUCCUGCACAUUUGGUGGCCACGUCAAAAAAAAAGAGACAAUGUUUUGCCCGGCAGCCCCACGUCUGUGCCUUCUGAUCAGUUUCAUUUCUUUCAAUUGUUUCGUUUCUUUGUUUUUUUGUAUUUUUUUUUUUUCAAUGUACAUUUUACAGUAAGUAGAGAUUUUUUCUGAGAGAUUGGCGAUUUGACAAACGUGCAAGAGCCUCAUAGGUUUUUAACUAUUUUUUAAGCAAGACAAAUAAAAACAAAACAUAUUUUUACCUCACGAUUUAAAAGUGAACAUUCCAAUGUUGUCAUGGUCUACGAUUUGACAAAAAUAAUAAAAAAAAGAAAUUCAUGCAUUUCUUCUUGUAUUGUAAAUGUUAGACAAUUUCAUAUGCAUUAUAUAAAAGAAACUGCCAUAUCAAUUUUAAUGUAUAGAUUUUUGCAAAUACUACCCUAUGUAUGUAAGACGUAACUGUAUCGGUAGCGUAUAUAUAAUAUAUUUAUGCCCAAUAAAUGUUUUAAUUUUU